CCCUGCCGCUGGAGCGCCAACGGCCGCAACGCUUCCCGGGCCGUGCGGGGCGCUCGCCGAGGUCGCGGCCGGAUGGGCGCUGCGGGCCGGGGCUCGGAGCGCCGAGCGGCCGUGAGUACAGGUUGUAACGUCGCUGUCUCAACACUGCUGUGUGCAGGGACACCGCUUGCUCCCGUCCCGCUGUGUGGAGGACGCCCUCAUUCACCCCUACUUCGCGCACAGGCCACAACACGCCUUCUGGCAACAGCAGCUCUCGUGUGCAUCCAGUGCUGCUUUGUCCGAGCGCCUCGCAGAGCCGGCUGGCACCCAGUGCCAGUUGUGGGCUGAGUGUGGAGGGCCCCGCCGAGAUGGUGAAGUUGACCAAAUCCAAAACUUUCCAAGCGUAUCUGCCAAACUGCCACCGGACAUACAGCUGUGUCCACUGCAGAGCCCACCUGGCCAACCACGACGAGCUGAUCUCCAAGUCCUUUCAGGGAAGCCAGGGACGAGCCUACCUCUUCAACUCAGUGGUGAAUGUGGGCUGUGGCCCUGCAGAGGAGCGUGUCCUCCUGACCGGCCUGCAUGCGGUGGCAGACAUCUACUGCGAGAACUGCAAGACCACGCUCGGGUGGAAAUACGAACACGCAUUUGAGAGCAGUCAGAAAUACAAGGAAGGAAAAUUUAUUAUCGAGCUUGCACACAUGAUCAAAGACAACGGUUGGGAGUAACGCAGAACUGUUCUCUUGGAUACUAUUUUCUGAAAGAGAUUUUCAAAUGUAAUGCAAACCUAGAGCAUGUGAAUGGUAGUUGUUGUUUCUUGAACUCAGUCCUGGCAGGCUACCCUCUCCCCGCUGGUCCUCUGGGGUGGGUAAGUUGUCCCUCCAGCAACCUAACGGUGGUUUCUAAAAGUCUUCAGUGGCCUGUCUUUUCACGUGUCACAGCAAGAACUCAACAACAGACGACUUAACCUGCUAUCAAGAGUCAAGACAGUUUUAGUCUGUGCCUUCGAGACAGUUGGGGUGUAUUCUUCCACUAGAUCAGUGGGGCCUCUCCGGAGAGCAGGUCUGGCCUCACUUCUUUCAAGUGAAGGGACUGUAGCCCACUUUCUCCUUCAUUUUAAAAACACAAAAUUGGUGAUUCCUCUUGCAGAUGACCUGUCUCAGCAGUGCCCAUUAUCUUCUUUCAGAACCCCAAAGGUAUUUUGAGGGGAGAUUUUGUUGUUGUUGUUG